AUGGAGGCUCCCGAGACGACGGAGUAUGCAGCACGGAUGAUUGAGCUUGCCGAGGCUGGUAUGAGACAGACACAUGACUUUGAGCGUCUUCAGGAGCGUGUUCCCGCUGCCCCACCUGGGGCAGCAGGUGGUCGUGGUCGCAGAGGAGUUGGUAGCCGUCGUAGAGGUGGUAGGGCUGGCAGAGGUGAUGAGCCGACUUCAGAGAUCCCAUCGAGUUCUUACCAGCCGGCGACAAUAAAUAUCCCAUCGACUUCUUAUUCCCGGCCGUCGACUUCACAGACACCUCUUUAUAUGCCGGGCCCUUUUUCAGAUUAUGUGCCUUGGCCUUCAUUUCCACAUCCACCAGUUCGUGAUCCACAGGGUGAGCGACCGGUUCGUGAUCUACAGGGUCGCCUACAGCUGCACUACGAUGAGUCCAUGUUCGAGGAGUUUGUGUUUGAUACGGCACCAUCUCAGGAGGCCGUCGACACACAGGUUCAUUCCUCUGUGCCUGUCGACCCAUCUCCUGCACCGGGCCCCACUCCAGAGACCGUUGAGGAGCCAGCUCAGGAGCCCUCUCACCGGGCAUCACAGGAGGCCGUCAACACACAGGUUCAUUCCUCUGCGCCUGUCGACCCAUCUCCUGCACCGGGCCCCACUCUAGAGACCGUUGAGGAGCCAGCUCAGGAGCCCUCUCACCGGGCAUCACAGGAGGCCGUCGACACACAGGUUCAUUCCUCUGCGCCUGUCGACUCAUCUCCUGCAUCGGGCCCCACUCCAGAGACCGUUGAGGAGCCAGCUCAGGAGCCCUCUCACCGGGUUCAUUCCCCUGCUCCCGUCGACCCAUCUCCUGCACCGGGCCCCACUCCAGAGACCGUUGAGGAGCCAGCUCAGGAGCCCUCUCCUGAUGAGAUUGAUGAGGAGCCAUGUUAUGAACCGGCCCCACCGCCCACCGUCAUUUCCCAUAGAAAGCAUGUUAUGAACCGGGGUCCGAGUCGAAAGAAGGGAAGGAAGGGAAGCAAGGAUGAUCAUGCCAAAGAGCAUGUACAGAUUAAGAGGAGGAAGGAGGAUGGAGAUGAUGGUGGUGGUGGUGGGGUUAGCCUGAGGCCUAGCCGAACUCUAAAGGCUCCCACUUGUGGGACCUGA